AUGCCCCAGGUUCGCUGCAUCGAAGUCGAAGUACAGUCCGAAAACCGGCCGGGUGAAGCCGUGGUCCCAGAGAAUAUGUGGGCGGCGCGGGGUGGCCUGCUUCGGCUGUCCCUGGAGGAGGUGCGUGGCCGCUUUGGUGAGGAAGUGGCUCAAGACGUUCUGCGCUGUGCCCGCGAGUUGGAUGAGUAUGAUGCCUCUCGCCGUGUGGGGCUGGAACUCCCGUGGCAUCCCGUAGAGGACCGUGAGUUGGAGCCCGCCGAGGUGAUCCAGUUGAUGGACAGAGAGUUGGCAUUAGCAGCUAACCUUUCGUACCGGUACCACGAUGAGCCCUUCGAUGAACAGUUGACCGGUGAAUUCGCUGACGUGAGCUCUGCCAUUCAGUUUACGCAGAGUCGUUCGCCCUCUGUGGACUUCGUGGAGUUGGUAUUCGAGGCACCCUGGGAAUCCCCGACGGCCAACGCCGCACCGGCCCGGGUCCCGGCACCCCGGGCAGCACGGGGGCCCAGCCGCGCCAAGCGCGCAAGGGCCCGCUCCCAGCAACGCGCGCGGCAGCGCUCCGUGGGCAGUGCCGCGGCCGUCUACACGGCCUCUGCUGCAGGGCAUGCUUCAGCUCGCGGCCUCGGGACUUUGCUACACGUCGGACUGCAUGCGCAGUAUGCAAGCUCGCUAACGGAUCGCUUUCAGCACCUGCUGGAGGAGGUCCUUGAUUUCAUGCGUGCAAAGACACACUAUGCCAGGUUGACAAGCGGCUCCAAGAGCAACGGCAAGUUCUUGCUUCGUGGCCACCUGGUACAGAACGGGGCCCCAUUGGAGGAGCCUGCUGCGCAGGUCCACUCCUCAUCGGUUGUGAAACCGGGCGUGGACCUCACUGGACCCACCGUCAUAGACUCCGCAUACCCGGCAUACCCCGUGCCCGUGGACUCCGUGGGCCUGGAAACUUGGCCUCUGGAGCCCAUCCUCGAGGACGCAGCCCUGGACAACGCGAAUAGGCAGCUGCAGGACUUGGCGCCAUCUGCCAAAGUCUCCUCAUGGGCCAUGCCGGCGCCCAUUGUCACGGGCUCCUCCUCCUCGGCACAGUCGUCACGAAGGGGCUCGAAGAAUGGAGCUAUGUCCAUGGAUCCUCCCUCGCAGCUCACUUCUCGCUUCUCCCGGCAAGACUCCUACGAGGCAGCAGUCGCGGCCGAGCAGAGCAACACGUUCACCCCGCGGCACAACGCCGGCUCCGCCAGCAACAUGCUCCGGAACUUCAAAGCCAUGGGAACCCGGGACCUGCAGGCAGCCAAUACAUGGCUGGGACGCCUGCUGGGGCCCUUGGUGCUGACCUGGCAGUUCGAGUUCUUCUAUGCAUUCCUGAUCGUCUGCCAUGCGAUCCUUUUGGGUGCACAGAUUGAGUGGGAGGCUUCAAACCUGGGCUCCAGUCCUCCCAACUCCAUCUUCUUCUUGCACUUCGCCUUCACCUUCCUGUUCUUCGUGGAGAUCGUGCUGCGGAUGGCGACAAUCGGGGUCGUCAAGUUUUUCACGGCCAGCGAAUACGCCUGGAACAUUUUCGACCUUUUGAUGGUCUCGCUGUCUAUUGUGGAGCUCCUAGUGGACCUGAUUUUGCAGGAACACUUUGCAUCCGGAACAUUCCGAAUUCUUCGAAUCCUGCGACUGGCGCGCUCUGCUCGUGGGUUGCGGAUUAUUCGGCUUAUCCGAUUCAUCCGUCCUCUACGGAUCCUGGUGUUCUCCAUUGGCAUCACCCUGAAGUCCUUGAUCUGGUCCGUUAUCUUGCUCCUUCUCAUCAUCUACCUCUUCAGCAUCCUCUUCUCCGAUGCGUACCUAACUGCCGUGGCAUCAUCGUAUCCCCAGGGCGAUGUUGCGGCCUUGCAAACCUUCUUCGGAAGCUUGCAACUUUCGAUGCUGACGCUUUUCGCAGCUAUCUCGGGCGGCUUGGAAUGGAGGCACGCAAUGUCGCCUUUGAGCGUGGUUGGUUGGGUGUGGGCCGCGCUCUUCAUUCUGUACAUUGCAUUUUGCAUUUUUGCGGUUCUCAACGUAAUGACAGGGGUCUUCUGCCACUCAGCAAUCGCUGGCGCUGAGCAAGACCAUGAGUUUAUGGUUCAGUCCAUGGUGGGAGAGCAGGAACGGAUACGAACAGUGUUUGGAGAGCUUUUCCGCACGAUGGACCAUGACGGCAGUGGCAUGAUCACCAUCAAGGAGUUCGAGCAGGGGUUCAAGGUGGAGUCCACGAAAGCCUGGUUCGAAGCCUUGGGCAUCAAGGCCGAAGAUGCCUGGACAAUCUUCCGAAGCCUGGAUAGGGACGGGGAUCACAGAAUUGGGGUAAGCGAGUUUGUGGAGGGCUGCAUCAACAUUCGCGGACCAGCGAGGGAGGUGGACUUGAUGCGGCAGUCCCAAAUGACUCAUCAACAGCUCCAAGCCGUCGGAGUUACUCUUUUAGACAGCCUCGUCCUCUUGAAGGACGUGGCUGCGCAGCUCAUCGAUACCUCGGAGACCAUCAAGGCGUCUCAUUCUCAAGAAUCUCCCGUCGUUGAUUCUCGCGGGUCUCAUGACCACGCACACCUUGCAGGCGUUGAGAGCUGCACCUCUCACGCUGCAAUUUAG